CAGGCUCAUUUCGCAAUGCGCUAUCACGUGGUUGUAGUAGUGCGUUUUUUUUUGUGUGGUGAGCUUGGUUCGCAAACAAGAUUUUGCCUUCAUGACUUUGUGUAUGUGCUAGCUAUCACCGUGUAUCAAUUGUGCCGACUAGAACUCGAAUGCGACUAGUAAACGAAGACUUACUCGCUUGGACCCUCCCAUGCGACGACAAGGGCAGGCAGAUCCAUUUGUGCUGACGGUGUGAUGUUUCCUCACCGCAGAAUGCCGUGCCACAUCACCAUUCUCUAUGUAUACAGCAUUAUCAGCCUCACAGCACUUUUCCACGCAACACUGGUUGCGGCGGAGAUUGUUGCCAUUCCACACAGUAACUCCACGCCAGAGAUAAAGCGCUUCUUCGACCAAGAGCUGAGUUUCUCGGCUAUGGUGCCUGAUGAAGGAGUUCCUGGCUUGCUAACCAUAGCAUCACCUUUAGCAGCAUGUCAACCAAUUGCUCCUCCACCAUUUCCAUCCAAUGACAGUUUUGCCUGGUUCGUCCUGAUUGCCAGGUUUGAGUGUGGGCUAUCGGACAAAGCACAUUUUGCCCAAGAAGCAGGUUAUGAUGUGGCUGUGAUUUAUGAUCGUAAAACGCACAAUAGUGGCCCCUUUGGGACCCACAUCACGCCAGAGCCCAAGUACUACCCUAUCAGAGGAAAUGGCUUGAAGGACACAGAUGACCUUAAUAUUUAUGCUGUUAUUGUGAGUGAAGAAACUGGAAUUCGGCUCAAGCGGUAUACUUACAAAGACGAUUACGAGGUAAAGCUAUACCCUGAAAGCUUCCAGAGUAUAUUCAGCUACCUGCUGCCCUUCCUAGCAAUUGUUGGGGUCUGCAUUAUUGGACUCCUAGGCUUUGUGUGUUGUGGGUUGCCGCAGUUGGUGCGCUGUAUUCGUGACUGGCGCAAGAAGAGGAAGUCCCGCCUGUCCCGCAAGUUUCUCAGGCAGCUGCCCACCACCAAGUACAAGAAGGGAGACAUAUACGAGACGUGCGCCAUCUGCCUUGAGGAUUACGUUGAAGGAGACAAGCUGCGCAUUUUGCCUUGUUCACAUGCAUACCACUGCAAGUGCAUCAAGCCAUGGCUGCUGCACAACAGGCGUACCUGCCCCAUCUGCAAGCGCAAGGUGAUCCUUCCAGGCAUGAACCCCAACUCCGACUCGGAAACCGAAGACGAAGGGGCCAAUGCCACAGAGCGCACACCACUGCUAGCGGGCUUUGGUGGUGGUGGUGGUGGUGGAACUUUUGGUGGCGUGCCCCCGCUGUUACACCAGCCAACAGAGGCUGCGACCGUAGUGCGGGGCUCCUCUAUCCGCCCUAUUCUUCACACGGCGAGCUUCCACCAAGAAGACAGUGGCAUGCCGACUAGUAGCUCGUGCCCAACACACGUGAGCACGGCACACUCCCUAAAUCGGGACGUUGACAGCAGCAGCAUCAGCAGCGGUGCUGAAGAUGAAGUGCAGGUCAGGCCUGGCCGUUCGGCAAGUGCACAAGGUGAAAGCCAGCACCACUUGCGGUUGUAGUGUAUAAAGUGCAAGGAUAGGAGUUGCCUUUUGCAGGCAGGGCAAUUUCCAUGCUCCUCAGUAAUUUUAUACCUUCUGAAGUCUGCUUUUCUCGCGCAACAAUAAUUGUCUUCAUUCCCGUGGGCGUUUUAUCUGCCUGAAGGUCGGGCUAGUUGGUACAGUUGCUUGAUGGGGGUUCGAAGAUGGUGCAGACGCAAGCUUGUUGUGUGCUCUAGUUGCUUGCGUUUGCAUCUUUCUUAUGCCAUUGUUUUGUGACAAGCAUUACUAUGUGUGCAGUGCUUUUCCUGGCAUUGAGGCUUAGAUGGUGAUAGAUAGAUAGAAUAAACUUUAUUCUCCAACGGAUAAGGUGAUGUACCCCCCCCCCCCACCCCGGCAGCGACAUUAAUGAAAAUACGGCAUGCACCACGUAUAAUGGGAAGGAAGUCCAGUAUUGAAAUUACGUUGGUUGCUGUGGGACUAAAGUUCACUGCACAAGGUUUAAAAUGACUGUAGGGAGCACGUACCAUUCUCAAAUGCCAACCUAGUAGUGGUACACUAAUAUGUGAGGUGCAUAUGUGUAUAGCUGUGUGCGUAUUCUUUUGUUUUAGUGGACACAGAAAGAACCUUUUCUUUUUAUCAUGUUAGCCAUUUUUCAGCCAUUCAGGCUGUGGGAAUAUGUGUGUGUCUUCCACAGCCAGCCCUUUAAUUUUCUCCCAAAUCCCAUUCGGCACUUUUUCAAGCUGCUGCACUGCUCUUGUGUGGUGGGAGUCUAGAGGUAAUCUCAUGAAGCAGUCUAUGUGUCCGAGUUAUUAAUCCUAGUUAGGCUUAGGAAAUGGCAGGAGGCAGGUGUUCUGAAUAUCACUGUUAAAGCAUUGCGUAAGUAGGUACUUCCAGUAUAAUUGAGGUUAGCAACAUCUUGCGACAUUUCCAUUUGUGUCUAUUUUCUCUCCUACAUCCUCGUGUUUGUUGUGCUACGAGAAAAACUUCAACAUUUUCAUUUGGUUCAUCCGUACUUGUAGCACAUGACAGGUAUUUUCUGCACUGAGAGGCGCAUGCUAACAUUUGACAAUUACUGUCGGCGUAUUUUUUUUUUGCGAGGCAGUGGUGCAAGGCACUAAUGAGGCGUGCUGGGCAAUUACAGAAAUGACAUAGUAUAAGCCUCAGCCUGCAAGCUUAUUAAGCCUGCUAGCAUAAAGCUGUGUUAGAUGGUUAACAUUAUAACUAUCUUCCCACUGAAGUUGGGAACAUGCAUGGUGGGUAAUGGGCACCCAUGAUGUUGACUGGGGCUGUAGAUAACUGAUCUGGAACAAUUGAUGCACUGUGUAUGUGUGCGUCAUGCUGCCUUUAUUGUCGUAGCACCUGAAGUCUCUAAAGUUAGCAGAUUCUUCGCCGUACAAGAGCUUGCACUGUCAGCUUGUAUUGUGUGAUCUGCAAGGGUUUCUACUGGUGGGUAAUUUUGCCAAGGUUCGUUUGUUUGAACUGAACUGUGCGUUUGAGAAAAGAAUGACACAUUUCUAGUAGUAUGUGAUAUAUGGUGUAAAUUGAGGCCGUUGCUUUCGUGGCAACAUUAUGUGUGUAUGAUUGUACCAUUUGUCAUCUGUUUCCUUUCCGCUUUCAGUAACUUGCACACUAAUGAUAGACAUCAAAGUAAUUAGUUUACGCCUGGUAGUUAUGAGGUGAUGGGGAAUUUCGUUGCGAACUUGAUCCUUGGUGCGCCAUUUAUGGCCUACUAGCAUGUUUGCUGUGUGCGCUAGUAUGGAAACUUGCACAUUGUGAGCGGCGUUUUCAUGCAUUCAUUCAUAAUUCAUUGUCUGUAUAUCUUACCUUUCUGUGCAACCAUCCAGAAGCCAGUUGUGUGAUGCUUUUUAAUGUAUCGUUAAGCUAUGAUGGUGAUGGUGGGAGCAAAUAUGUUGCCCAAGACACGUACUGUGCUGCCAGUAAAUUUGUCAUAUGGGCAUCUGUAUCAAUUCAUUUAACUCAAAGAUUUUGCUUACAAAAAGCUGUAACAAUGUUGACUUUGCAGCCGUUAUGAGGUGCACCACAUAUUAGUAGCACCAGCACUGCAUGUUGCUGGCAAGUGCAAUUUUUACUCCUUGUGAUCAGGGAUGCUUCAUUUUAACUUUGUUAAUGUUAUAUUUCUUUUCGUUUGUGUGUGGUUUUUCGAAGCAACUGUGUAAUCUGCAAAGUCUUAGCACUACUUUGCAGAAUGUGAUGUCCCUCCAACAUUAGCGCCGCAACAUCGCACACCUGUGCAUAUUUUGGAAAACUGACUGAUGACCCUGUCAUAUCCUUUGGGAGUGUGUGUAUAUGCAGCUGUAACUUGCAUAGACAGUGUGUUAGGAGAACUCUAUCGAAGUACUGCAUUUGCAACCUUUUCACAUGCCACUUCAGUAAUUGUGUUGUACCACUGUGCGAACUGCAAUACAUGUUUUCCAUUAGCACUUGUCCGAAGUGGCCUCUGCAGCCACAGUGGUUCUCUGAUGAAUGCUGGGCAAAUCAAGUGUGGAUGAAGAGCUUAAAGGUAUUGUUUAAUGGCAGCUUGCUUGAUUAAUAACACCAAAGCUCAAGAAAGUUAUUUUCCCCCGUCUUUUGAGUAGUAUAUUCAAACAUGAUAGUGUGAUUUAGCCUGACGCAUACUGCGCUGCGGGACACACAGACAGGAAGAGAAGCAUUGCUGGAAAUGUGUUUUGACAGACUGCAUUCAAUCAGGUGCAUUGUAAACAUCCUUGUGUUGCAUAUUUGAAAAAAAGAGCAGGUCAGUAGCUUCUUACUUUGUUGAGAAUUUGGGUUGGAACACAUCGCCACGAGACAAUACCAGAGUGCUUGUCCUGUAUUCUUUCUCGUGUUUCGUUUGUAUGGGCGUUGCCCGAGAAUGGAUAGGUUCCAACUCGUCCGCUUUUCAGUCCUUCUGCAAUACCAGCGAUGCUGUCACCGUCUGUGUAUCCUGUAUCGCGUUGUGCCAUUGGCGGAUACUCUCCGAUGAGUUCUUUUUUGUUUUUUAUCUGCAGCCUUGUCCGACUACCUUCUUGUCUCUCGGAUUGUCUUGAUCGAUGGGCUGCAUGUGAAGUGGUGCUGCAUUGCUUUGUUAGUAGAGUAGACUCGGCUGUGUAUAAUGUGUGGUUUAUAUAAUACACACUUUUUUUUUUCUGGUGGUGCUCCUUUACCGAUAUUGGCACUAGUCAUUGUUCUUUCUGACAGGCCCUAAGUAGAAAAAAAAGUGACGUUGAUAAACUAGCUGUCCUCUUGGCUGAUUAACAAUGCAUGGUAUUUCUCUUGGGGUGCAUUCUUGAAGCUUGAAACAAGUACCACAGUUGUUUUUUCCAGAAGAUGAAAAUAAAUGUUUAUUUAAAUUA